UGUGCUUGGGCUUCUCAGUCACAUGGACAUCCACUGGUAGAAUGUAAACAUGCAUCCAGGCACAGUUAAAGAUUAAAUGGUUGAGAUGAAAGUUCAGGAAAACUGCCUUUAAUUGGAACAUCAGAACAUCAGAAUGGAGAUAACACAUUGCUGAUCUCCUUCUACAAGGUCUGAGGAAAAGAGGAAGGAAGAAGCAACAUAGUCAAAGAAAAAUCUUCAUUCCAGAAGCUCUCCAGAAAUGGAGAAGUUCUGCAAAUCUACUUUUUGGAAUUCCUCAUUGCUGGACAGUCCGGAGGCAGACCUGCCACUUUGCUUUGAGCAGACUGUGCUGGUGUGGAUUCCCUUGGGCUUCCUGUGGCUCCUGGCCCCUUGGCAGCUUUUCCAUGUUUAUAGAUCCAGGACCACAAGAUCACCUAUAACCGGAUUCUACAUUGCUAAGCAGGUGCUGGCUGGGUUUCUUCUUAUUCUAGCUGUCAUAGAUUUGGUCCUUGCACUCACAGAAGACUAUGGGCAAGAUGCAAUCCCUCCUGUUAGAUACACCAACCCAAUUCUCUACCUGGUCACAUGGCUGCUGGUUUUGCUGAUCCAACACGGCAGACAGUGGUGUAUACAGAAGAACUCCUGGUACUUGUCCAUAUUCUGGAUUCUGUCAGUACUCUGUGGCACUUUCCAGUUUCAAACUCUGAUCAGGACACUCUUGCGGGAUAGCAAUUCUAACCUGGCCUACUCCUGCCUGUUCUUCAUCUCCUAUGGAUUUCAGAUCAUGCUCCUGAUCCUCUCAGCAUUUUCAGAAAGAGGGGAUUCAUCAAUGAAUCCUUCAGUCACGGCUUCAUUUCUGAGUAAUAUUUCUUUUAGUUGGUAUGACAGCGUCAUCCUGAAAGGUUACAAACAACCUCUGACAGUUGAAGAUGUCUGGGAUGUUGCUGAUGAGUUUAAAACCAAAAAUGUAGUGAGCAGGUUUGAAUUGCACAUGAUGAAAGAGCUGAAGAAAGCCAGGCAGGCAUUCCAGAAACGGCAACGGAAGAAAUCACAGAAGAAAUCUGGAGCCAGGCCACAGAGUUUGAACAAGAACCAAAGCCAAAGCCAAGAUGUCCUUGUCCUGGAAGAAACUAAAAAGAAAAAAAAGAAGUCUGGGACCACAAAAGACUUUCCCAAAUCUUGGCUGAUCAAGACCCUCUUCAAAACUUUCUACAUGGUGCUCCUAAAAUCAUUUGUGCUGAAGCUAGUGUACGAUAUCCUCACGUUUCUGAACCCUCAAUUGCUGAGGUUGGUGAUCGCCUUUGUGAGUGACAAAGACUCGUACGUAUGGAUUGGAUAUCUCUAUGCGAUCUCCUUAUUUGCUGUGGCUCUCAUCCAGUCAAUCUGCCUUCAGACUUAUUUUAACAUGUGUUUCAGUCUGGGCAUGAGCGUACGGACAACUGUCAUGUCUACUGUGUAUAAGAAGGCACUGACCAUAUCCAACUUGGCCAGGAGGCAAUACACUGUUGGAGAAACUGUGACCCUGAUGUCUGUGGAUGCCCAGAAGCUCAUGGAUGUAACCAGCUUCAUUCAUUUGUUGUGGUCAACUGUUCUACAGAUUGUCUUAUCCAUCUACUUCCUAUGGUUGGAGUUGGGUCCUUCAAUCUUAGCAGGUGUUGGAAUAAUGAUACUCUUUAUCCCAGUUAAUGCGGUACUGGCCACCAAGAAUAGGAAACUUCAGUUCAAAAAUAUGAAAUUUAAAGACAAACGUUUACGGAUCAUGAAUGAGAUUCUAAAUGGAAUUAAGAUCUUGAAAUAUUUUGCUUGGGAGCCUUCAUUCAAAGAGCAGGUCCACAAGCUUCGGAAUAAAGAACUGAAGAACCUACGAGCCUUUGCUUACCUGCAGUCUUUGAUCACAUUCCUCCUAUACUUAUCUCCAGUCCUGGUGUCUGUGACAACAUUUUCUGUUUAUGUCCUGGUGGACAGCAACAAUAUUUUGGAUGCACAAAAGGCCUUCACCUCCAUCACCCUCUUCAACAUCCUGCGUUUUCCGAUGGGCAUGCUUCCCAAUGUGAUCUCCGCUAUGCUGCAGGCCAGCGUUUCUGUAGAGCGAAUAGAGAAGUACUUGAGUGGGGAUGACUUGGACACUUCUGCCAUUCAACGUGACAGUAAUUUUGACAAAGCUGUGCAGUUUUCUGAUGCCUCAUUUACCUGGGACCGGGAUUUGGAACCCACAAUCAAAAAUGUGAACCUGGACAUUAUGCCAGGCAAACUGGUGGCUGUGGUGGGAACUGUGGGUUCUGGAAAAUCAUCUCUGAUGUCAGCCAUGCUGGGAGAAAUGGAAAAUGUCUGUGGGAACAUCAAAAUCAAGGGCACUGUUGCUUAUGUGCCACAGCAGUCCUGGAUCCAGAACGGCACCAUAAAGGACAACAUCCUGUUUGGAUCAGAGUUUAAUGAAAAAAGGUACCAGCAAGUUCUGGAGGCAUGUGCACUCCUCCCAGACUUGGAAAUACUGCCUGGAGGAGACCUGGCUGAAAUUGGAGAGAAGGGUAUAAAUCUCAGUGGGGGUCAGAAGCAGCGAGUCAGCCUGGCCAGAGCUACCUAUCAACAUGCAGACAUCUAUAUUCUAGAUGAUCCCUUGUCAGCUGUGGAUGCUCAUGUGGGAAAACAUAUUUUCAGUAAAGUCUUGGGACCCAAUGGCCUGUUGAAUGGCAAGACUCGAAUCUUGGUUACACAUAGCCUUCACUUUCUUCCUCAAGUGGAUGAAAUUGUGGUUGUGGAAAAUGGUACCAUCUUGGAGACAGGAUCCUACAAUUCUCUGCUGGCGAAAAAGGGAGUAUUUGCUAAGAAUCUGAAGAUGUUUCUAAAGCAUGCAGAUUCUGAAGGGGAGGUCACAGUCAAUGAUGGUGAUGAAGACGAUGACAAUGACUCUGUACUGAUGCCUAGCAUGGAGGAGCUCCCUGAAGAUGCAGCUUCCUUGACCUUGAAGAGGGAAAAUAGCCUGCAUGGAACCCUUAGGCACAGCUCUAGGUCCAGUAGCAGACAUCGGAAAUCCUUGAAAAACUCCUUAAAGGUGCGGAAUGGGAAUAUCCCAAAGGAGGAGGAACUGGUGAAAGGACAAAAACUAAUUAAGAAGGAGUUCAUGGAAACUGGAAAGGUGAAAUUGGCCAUCUACUUGAAAUAUCUAAAAGCAGUAGGAUGGUGUUCCAUAUUCUUCAUCACCUUUUUCUACAUUUUGAAUUCUGUGGCUUUGGUUGGAUCCAACCUCUGGCUCAGUGCUUGGACCAGUGAUUCUGCAAUCUACAACAGCACCAACUAUCCAUCCUCUCAGAGAGACCUGAGAAUUGGGAUCUUUGCAGCUCUGGGCGUAGCACAAGGUGCAACCUUGCUUAUAGGAAAUGCCUGGAGUGCCAAAAGUUGUGCCCAUGCAUCAAGUCUCUUACACAAGCAACUGCUGAACAACAUCCUUCGAGCACCCAUGAGGUUUUUUGACACAACACCCAUAGGCCGGAUUGUGAACAGAUUUUCUGGUGACAUCUCCACGGUGGACGACACCCUCCCCCAGACCCUGCGCACCUGGAUGUUGUGCUUCCUGGGGAUAGUCAGCAUUCUUGUCAUGAUCUGCAUGGCCACCCCAGUCUUUGCCGUCAUCAUCGUUCCUCUUGCCAUCAUUUACGUGUCGGUUCAGGUGCUUUAUGUGGCUACUUCUCGCCAGCUGAGACGUCUGGACUCUGUCACCCGGUCCCCUGUGUAUUCUCACUUCACUGAGACCGUGUCAGGUUUGUCUGUCAUCCGUGCCUUUGAGCACCAGCAGCGAUUUCUGAAACAAAAUGAGAAUGGGAUUGAUACCAACCAGAAGUUUGUCUCUUCCUGGAUUACUUCCAACAGGUGGCUUGCAUUUCGCCUGGAGUUUGUUGGAAACUUGAUCGUCUUCUCUUCAGCCUUGCUGAUGGUUAUUUAUAAACAAACACAGACUGGGGACAUCGCGGGCUUUGUUUUAUCCAAUGCACUCAAUAUCACACAAACCCUGAACUGGCUAGUGAGAAUGACAUCAGAAACAGAGACCAACAUUGUGGCUGUUGAGCGAAUUACUGAGUACAUAAAAGUGGAAAAUGAGGCACCCUGGGUGACAGAUAAGAGGCCUCCAGCAGAUUGGCCCCAAAGAGGUGAGAUCCAGUUUAUCAACUACCAAGUGCGGUACCGGCCUGAGCUAGAUCUCGUGCUGAAAGGAAUCAACUGUGACAUCAAGAGCACAGAGAAGAUUGGCGUGGUGGGCAGGACAGGAGCGGGGAAGUCGUCCCUCACCAACUGCCUCUUCAGAAUCUUAGAGGCUGCGGGCGGCCGGAUCACCAUCGAUGGGAUAGAUAUCGCCUCCCUCGGGCUCCAUGACCUUCGAGGGAAACUGACCAUCAUCCCGCAGGACCCCAUCCUGUUCUCUGGAAGCCUGCGGAUGAAUCUGGACCCUUUCAACAACUACUCAGACGAGGAGAUCUGGAAGGCCCUGGAGCUGGCUCACCUCAAGUCCUUUGUGGCUGGCCUCCAACAUGGACUGUCCCACGAAGUGUCAGAGGCCGGCGACAACCUGAGCAUAGGGCAGAGGCAGCUACUGUGCCUGGGCAGAGCUCUGCUUCGAAAGUCCAAGAUUCUGGUCCUAGAUGAAGCCACCGCCGCGGUGGAUCUCGAGACAGAUAACCUCAUCCAGACGACCAUCCGGAGCGAGUUCUCCCACUGCACGGUCAUCACAAUCGCACACAGACUGCACACCAUCAUGGACAGCGACAAGAUAAUGGUCCUAGAGAAUGGGAACAUUAUAGAGUAUGGCAGCCCUGAAGAACUGCUGGACAACCAGGGUCCCUUCUAUCUGAUGGCCAAGGAAGCUGGCAUUGAGAAUGUGAACAACACAGCAUUCUAGCAAUGGGUUCCAAGGCUGCAAAGACUGUGAGGGUCAUUCCUUAUGUUACCUCUGUGAAAUCGAUCCUGUGUACAAAAGUGUGUAUAACACAUACAUAUAGAAUAUGUAAAAACGAAUGUUCAUGUACCUACUACCCAGGAUAAGAAAAUGAAUAUUUGGGGCCGGCACUGUGGCUUAAUGGGUAAAGCUGCCAUCUGCAAUGCCAGCAUCCAAUAUGCACUUCAGUUCAAGUCCUGGCUGUUCCACUCCGAUCCCUGCUUAUGGCCAGGGAAAGUCGCAGAUGGCCCAAGUCCUUGGGCCCCAGCACCCACGAGGGAGAUUCGGAAGAAGCUUCUGGUUCCUGGCUUUGGACUGCCCCAAUUCCAGCCGUUGAGGCAAUUUGAGGAGUGAAACAGCGCAUGGAAAAGAUGGUUUUUUUUUUUUUCUCUGUCACUCUGUAACUCUGCCUUUCAGAUAAAUAAAUAAAUCUUUUUA